CCGGUCCCGACGCCGAACCCGCUAACGGACCGCUCCAUUUGACGAUUCAAAAGGUGAGCGGCGAGCACCGGCGCAGCUCAAGGCACCCGAAGCCGCACGGAGGAGCUCCUCGUCGGACGCCCGCCGGCUCUCAACCCGCGCGCCAUCCUUCUUUUCCAUGCCUGCCCAUCUCCUGCAUCCUCCUCUCGAACACCAGCUGCCUUCACAACAUCUGUCAACCUUCUCUUCGGUCUCAAUUCGUCUCUGUCUCUUGCCUGGCAGCGCCGUCGUCACCGUCCUUCUACCGACAUACUCUCCCUCUCGUCUGGACGCGUCCAAAACAUCUCCCCUUGGCUGUACCUUUGCUGAGCUUUCCGAAACUCCUCGGGAGAAGCUCAACAUCUUCAUUUGCUCUUCGGUGCCGCCGUCUCUAAUCCGCACUUCGUGGCACACAACACAACACACCUGCCACCUUCCUCCACCCGUUCCAACCUGCUUGGACUCGUUUCUUCACUUCCUGACCACACUCUCCAUUGCUCUGGACUGUUGACCAAGUAUCUCAAGUCCUCCACCCUCGUCAUCUCGUCUCCCUGUAGCCUCACUCUUCCCCCACCGCCCCCCUCAUUCAUGCACACACAGUCCCCUCCGAAAUUAUUGGAACGGCAAGCUCCACUCCUUUGUUUUUGUUGUAUACUGAAGACAUUUGAGCGGCACGGUGAACGACUGGUUAGAGCGUCAGCCUCACAGUUCUGAGGUCCGGGGUUCAAUCCCCGGCCCCGCCUGUGGACUUUGCAUGUUCUCCCCGUGCCUGCGUGGGUUUUCUCCGGGCACUCCGAUUUCCUCCCACAUCCCAAAAACUUGCAUGAAUUGGAGACUCUAAAUUGCCCGUAGGCAUGACUGUCAGUGCGAAUGGUUGUUUCUUUCUGUGUGCCCUGCGAUUGGCUGGCAACCAGUUCAGGGUGUACCCCGCCUCCUGCCCGAUGACAGCUGGGAUAGGCUCCAGCACGCCCGCGACCCUCGUGAGGAGAAGCGGCUCAGAAAACGGAUGGAUGGAUACUGAAGACAUUUGAGUUUCAGAUCAACAGAUGAAUAUGAGACAAAAGUUCAGAAUUCCAGCUUUUAUUUCAUGGUAUUUACAUCUAAAUGUGUUAAACAUCUCGGGACAGGGCACUUUUUGUUUGAAGCCACCCACUUUUCAAGUAUUGGAACAGACAUUAUUGAAUUAACUUAAGGUGAAUAACAUUCAAUAUUUGUGGCAUAACCCUUACUUGCAAUAACUGCAUCAAGCCUGCGACCCACUGACUUCACCAGACUGUUGCGUUCUUCAUUUGAAAUGCUUCACCAGGCCUUUACUGCGGCCUCUUUCAGUUCUUGUUUGUUUCUGGGGGUUUCUCUCUUCAGUCUCCUCUUUAGGACGUAAAAUGCAUGCUCUAUUGGGUUAAGGUCCAGUGAUUGACAAGCCCAAGCCAUGACAUGACCUCCACCAUGCUUCACAGAUGAGCUUGUGUUUUUGGGCCUUUCCAUCACUUUGCUAGAGGUUAAUCUUGGUCUCAUCAGUCCAGAAAACUUUGUUCCAAAACCUUUGCGGCUCAUCUCUGUACUUCUUUGCAAAAUCCAAUCUGGCCUUCCGAUUCUUUUUGCUGAUGAGUGGUUUGCAUCUUGUGGUAUGGCCUUUAUAUUUCGUCUCUCAAAGUCUUCUUCGAACAGUGGAUUGUGAUGCCUUCACCCCUGCUGCCCUGUGGAGGUUGGCAGUGAUGUCACUGACUGUUGUCUUUGGGUGUUUCUUCACAGCUCUCAAUGUUUCCGCCAUCAACUGCUGUUGAUACCCUUGGCCGACCUGAUUGAUGUCUGUUGCUCAGUACACCAGUAGUUUAUCUCUUUUUCAGGACAUUCCAAAUUGUUGUGUUGCUCCUCCCAAUAUUUGUGCAAUAGCUCUGAUCGAUUUUCCCUCUUCCCUCUGCUUCAAAAGGGUUUGCUUUUCUCCCAUAGACAGCUCUCUGGUCUCACGUUUGCGUAACAGCAAAUGCAGUUUCCACAGGUGAAACCCAAAGCCAAAAACAAGCACUUUCUAAUGUUUACGCAAUCAAUGUAAAAGGCAACACCUGAGCAACUAGAAACACCCAUCAGUCGCGUUCCAAUACUUUUGCUCACUUGAAAAGUGGGUGGCUUCAAACAAAAGGUGUUCUGUCCUGAGUUGUUGAACACAUAUCUGGAUGUCAAUCCCAUGAAAUAACAGCUGGAAUUCAGAACUUUUGUCUCAUAUUCAUCUUUUGAGCUGCAACCCAAAUGUCUUCAGUAUACAACAAAAACAAAGGAUUGGACCUUGCCGUUCCAAUACUUUUGGAGGGGGCAGUAUUGUAUGCUACAUUUGUCCUUCCUUCCUUCAACAUUUCUUGACUGAUUCAAACCAUUCCCAGUAAAAGACAUUUUCAACAUGUACUUUUACCAAAAUGCUCACAUUUCCCAAUUCCACCUUUUUCCGCAUCGACAUUCCCACAUUUAGGCUACGUUCGCACUGCAGGGCAUGAUGCCCAAUUAGAUUUGUUUUAUGUACUGUAGUUGUUCACAUUACAGAAACAAAUGCCACCUCUAUGAGGACGGAACGAGUCCACGAAGUCACACGCAAAACAGGACGUCUCAUUGCGCGGAAACACGAGACGCCGUGUUGAUGCAACAAGUCAUUCCGACCCCGCCUUCGCGUAGGUCUCGUCGUGACGCAUUUGUGGCAAUUGGAUUUUGGGCGAGCGCGGCCAACAUUUGCUUCUAUUUAUCGGCUGUAAAGCGUCUCCUUUGCCCACUGACUAUUUUCUGCCGUUUCGUGGCGAGUCUUUUUGGUUGAACAAUUGUGACGUGUGAUGACAUUCGGGUCGGAUGCGCUCCCCGUGAGCGUACGUAUUAUCCGAUUUAUAGCCACAUAUCAAAGAGUCCUAGGUCGGGUUUGAAAAAUCCGAAUUGUACUGUUCACAUUGACAUGAAGAAAUCAGAUGCAUGUCACAUUGGGCACACACAUCGGAAUUGACCCGCAGUGUGAGCGUUCUACGUUAUUCUGUCCUCCGCCGACAUUUCUCCACUGAUUCGUUCUCGACGAUUCCCCAUCGAUCGCUAUCAUUCCGCAUGGUUCCAUAUCGUUUUAUUCAGCAUUUACACACGAACUUGCAUCAUCUGGCCAUUCGAUACGAUGCUAAUGUUUUAACUUCCAGGUCACGACCUCCUGACCUCCCAUUUUGAGGUGGGGUCUCGAGGGGCUGUGCUGGCGGCCCUCAAGCAACGCUCUCUCAGCGCCCCCCAGAGGCGGGAGGUGAAAGUUCAGCUCCUCGAGCCUCACCGAAGCAGCAACUGCAGUGCGGACAGUGGACACAAGGGGGCGCGAGCGCUGUCCUGUAAGCUAGGAGGCGCCUUCAGUAUGAGCAACGGUGGCACUGCGGCAGCUGCAAUUGGCGAGGAUCGCAGGGGGGUGAGGAGGGGUCAGCAGCUGGAUGCCAUUGACAGGGAGAACUGGGCCAGUGGGCGGGGUCUGAGCAAGAUGGAGGCGCUGCACAAUCGCCGGCUGGAGCUUCAGAAUCGACCGCUGCAGUCGGCCCCCGGCAUCGUCGCGCGCCGCACGCCGGACGACCCGGCCCGGCGCGGCGCUCAGCAGGUGGACGUUGCAGCAACUGUCAUCAACCCGUCAGCGAGGACCAGCAUGGAGACUGACCCGGUUACCACGGCAACAUGCACCGACCACACCAGGGAGGAGCGCCGUCCUACAGUUGUUUCCGUGGCAACCCAAGCCAACGACAGUCUGGCAGCGCCGGCCAAUGAGGCGGCGACGGAGGCGGGGCCGGCUCAGACGGAGAGUGGGCCCGUGCCGCCGUCCGCGUUGGAGGAGGCACGGCAGCUCCUACGCCGGCUUCAACGGCAGAAGAAAGUUCUGGACGAGAACCUGGAGACCGUGGAGAGGGUCCGGACCGGGGAGGUCCUGCACUGCCAGCUGGAGGCACUGGCGGCAAACAGCGAAUCGAGCGAGCGGGCUCGCAUCAAGAGGACGGUGGACGCGUGGAUACACCUGAUCGGCAAAGACGUGCAGGACAGGAUGGAAGCGGAGGCGGCCAAUCGCAGAACCUUCCCGACCGGGGAGGCGGCCGGCAGAAGCUCCGCCCGUCUGGGCCGGCCAGCAAGUGCGCUCAAAGGAACGGGAAGCAAGAGGACGCCGGCGGGACGCGGACUCCGAAGCCAACCGGCCGCACCGAUAAGGGCGGCGCAGCCCGGGCCCGUCUCCUUCGACGCGGUGGACGACGAGUCUUACCUGACGCGUCUGUACGGGAGACCUCCCCACGGAGUCCCGACCCCAGGCCUCAAGAGGAGCCCGCCGCUUCGCUUGAGUUCCGUGACGGCGCCCGUCAACAGGAAGCCGCGCCCCCCUGUGGUGGACGCCAUGAAAGGCGCGAAGGUGAAACCCUCCCUGCCGCCGGCCCUCCGCCCAGCACCGGCACAACCCCAGCCCCCCCGCCUGACCUCUACCCCCAUGGCCAUCCCAUUAGCGCGUCCACGUAUAGGCCCCUCCCCCAGGUGUCCGCAGACGGUGACCUCGUGUCCUGUUGCAUUGCCCCUUGUGGAGCAUGCUGCACCGGACCCUCCCGCAGCGGACUCUCCUGCAACACACUCUCACGCCCUGGACCCUCCCGCGCCAUACCCCCCCUCUCAGCUGAGUCCUGUACCCAUGGAGGAGCACGAAGAGCUUGUCAUGGAGUUGGGAGGAGUGCCAGAUGAAGGACGUGAGGUGAAACUGGACUCGCCCGUGUCUCAAGAGCAAGCAGAGCCGGAGGAUGCCGUUGAAGCGCGGCCCCCUUCGUCAAUCACCGUGGCGAUGGUGGGGAGGAGGAGCAAGGAAGAACAGGAGGGAGGGAGUGGGUUCCCCGGAACGGACUUCCUGUCCAUUGCUGACGUGGGGCAGGAGUUCGUGGCGAUGGAGGAGUAUGUCGUGGGCGAGGAAGCAGUCCUUUUGGAUGGAGGUCCGUCUCCUUCUCCGGUCGUCUACCAGGGUCCAGUGUUCCCCCCCGAGAACCACAUUGCCCUACCUGUCCCCCAUCACAGUUCUGCUCCCAACCUGGAUGAAAACAUGCUCAACCGUAUGGUGCAGUGGGUGGAGCAGCAGCUGAUGUCAAGAUUGAUCUCCAAGCAGUUCCCACCUUCUCUCCCGGUUAGUGACCAGAACGACCAAUCAGAUGUGGAGGAGCGGAGCCUCACCUCAGACAUUGUGGAGGCAGCAGGCGGAGGAGGUCUACAGUUCUUCAUAGAUGCCGGUAUCUGCGUGGACUCUCCUUUAGUCAAGGAACUGGUUCACGAGGUUUUGGCUGAAAUGAUGGACCAGGUGCUGGUACCGAGGGAGGCUCCAGUUCCAGGACCUACACUAGGACCAAAGCCAGGAUCAAAUCCAGAGUCAGGGGUAGCUUCUUUCUUCCAGGAGAAAACGUUUCCUGUGGUUCCUGUGGUUGUCACACCUCUACCAACCCCUCUUCCGAGUCCUGUUCCGUCCAUCAGAGACCCAAUCCCGUUCUCCACGCCACCUCGAUCUGAACCAACCAGCUUGCUGAUUGAGGAUUCCCCGUGGCCAAUCAUCACAGCCCCCCCAGAACCUAUAUCCACACCGGUUGGCAGCCCUGAGGCGGAUUUGUUUGGAGAAAUCCCCCCUGCCGUCCAUCAAGCCCUGACCCCAGCGUCCUCAGAGAAAGCUAGCCUGUCAUUGGACGAGGAGGAAGACCACCUGGAUGCGCACACACAACCAUUGGAUGUGCAAGAUGAAGAAAAACCUGUUGCCUUGCCUCCACACGCCCCCUCUCCUGUGCAGGCUGAUCCAGAACCCCCCUCCAGUGCUUCUGAAGACACCACCAGCAGCACCAACAGCAGUACAGUGACAGGAAGUGAUACAGGAUUCAAACUGGUCUCGGAAGGAGAACUGCUGAUCAGCUUCAACCACACGGAUGCCAUCACAGACGAGGCCACUUCCUCAAGUUCUCUUCAGGAUGUGGACCUUGACCCCCCCAGCGAAGGGCAGGUCAAAGUGCACACGAUCGAGGGGCAGGAGGCGGAGCUAAGCAUGGGGGAGGUGACACGCUCCGCCACGCCUCAACGGGACGGAAAAAUCAAUCACUCCGAAGACGCCCUUUUCGAGGCGACCAAUGAGAGCUUCGACUAUGACCUUACGCCGGUGCCCGGUCAGACGCCGACCUCCGACCUCCAAAGCGAACCCUCUCAGACCAGCAGGAAGUCGGCAACCGGACCCCGGCACCGGCCCAAUCUUCAGACGACUCCAGUGAGUUCUUCUGACUUCCUGUCGCCGUUGAAGAUUGAUGACGCUGAACUGGCAGGCUUUAGGACCUUGUAGGAACCCUCACCCCUCUGGGCAGGAUUUGAGCUUCCGGAAGUGGACCUUCCACAAUGAAAUGUGGAUUACCGACUCAUUUAUUGACAUUAUUGAUUUUAAUUUGUCACAUUUGACUCUUUCGUGUCAAUCGAAAUAAAGCGUUGGUUGUGUCGA